CCUUUCAGUCACAAAAUGCUCCUCGGUUUGCUACCAAGAGCAACCACUGUCAUUUGGAAAAGCUGGGGAAAAUGCUCCGCCUUUUCCUGGAGGAACAGAGCUCUCCUGCUGCUUUUCUCCCUCUCUUUGGAGCAGGCAUCAGCAUCACAGAGCAACAAAAUCCAACAGAAAGCAGGAAAGUGCCCCAAAGAGAGGUUCCAGUGUAGAACGAAAAUUGUGGAUCUGUGCAAGACAGAUUACAACUGCAAAGCCUUCCUGAAGUGCUGCCCUUUUGCCUGUGGGAAAAAGUGCAUGGAUCCGUUUGUGGGUAAUAUCAUCUGGGCUGAAGGCGAUGUUGCUCUGGGGGCUUUCCACUUCUUUAUCCACAACCGACCCACCCAGAACCAGGGAAAGCAGGACAAACAGGAGUUCACGUCUGCUCUCAUUUUAGUCAAGAAAGGACACUGCCCGAUCUUCCCUCACAACUCGCGAAUGGAGUGUCCACUCCCAUGUAAGAAUGACUUGGACUGCCUUGAGAAGGAGAAGUGUUGUGACUCCAAGUGUGGUUUUGUUUGUGCCAAGAUCUGGAAUGUCAAACCAGGUUUUUGCCCACGUAAGCCGGCGGAGUGUAACAAGAUUGAUAAACCUAAGUGCCUGCAGGACAGCGACUGUCCACUCGAGGAGAAAUGCUGCUCGCGUUGUGGCCUCAAGUGCUUUGAGCCUAAAAACUGA